AUGAAUUAUUCUGUGUCAUUAUAUGUGUGGCCAGUCAAGAAAAAAAAACCUCUAGAGUCUGAAAAGCUUGGGGCAAGCUUCAAGAAAGCUAAAUCAGUGUUAAUUGCAAAUGUGGAUUGUGAUGAGCAUAAGAGUGUCUGCUCUAAAUAUGGUGUUAGUGGAUAUCCAACCAUUAAAUGGUUUCCCAAAGGAUCACUUGAACCCGUAAAGUAA